AUGGCCAUUCAAACACUCCCAACCUCAACUGAAAUACUUGUUGUCGGCGGCGGACCCGCCGGAAGUUACGCUGCUGCUGCAUUGGCUCGAGAAGGUUUUGAAGUUACCCUUCUCGAAGCUGCGAACUUCCCUCGAUAUCAUAUUGGCGAGAGCUUGCUUCCGUCGGUCCGCCCCUUCUUGACAUUUAUUGGUGCAGAGAAAUCUAUCAUGAACCACGGGUUCACAGUUAAGCCUGGUGCUGCGAUCAAGUUGAACCAGUACAAGCGAGAAGGAUAUACAGAUUUCAUCACGCUGAACCCAAACAAUGGGUCUUGGAAUGUGAUUCGAUCAGAAUUUGACGAUUUGCUAUUUCGUCAUGCUUCGAAGUGUGGCGCAACUGUGUUCGACAACACAAGAGUCGCCGAAAUUCAGUUCGAGGGCGAAAGGCCUGUUUCAGCCGACUGGAGGAAUGCUAGCACCGGGGCACAGGGCCGUAUCUCUUUCAGCUACUUAGUCGAUGCGUCAGGAAGGAACGGGAUCAUGUCCACAAAGUAUCUCAAGAACAGACGCUAUAAUCAGGCCCUGAACAACGUCGCAUGCUGGGGAUACUGGGACGGAACCGGGUCUUACAUGCCUGGUACCACUCGCCAGAAUGCUAUCUGGGUCGAAGCACUCGAAGACGAGUCUGGAUGGGCUUGGUUCAUUCCUCUUCAUGAUGGGUCCACAUCUGUAGGAAUUGUGAUGGAUCAAGAGUCAAGCAAUCGUAAGAAGAAGGCUUCCUGUGCAACCUCAGGAGCAUCCAGCACCAAUCAUCUGGCUCAUUAUAAGGAAGAAUUAAGCAGAACUCGUGGAGUCCUCAAAUUGAUUGGAAAUGGCACUCUUCGAAACGACGGCACACCGGAAGCUGUGAAAUCUGCGAGCGAUUUCAGCUACUCGGCUUCCUCUUAUGGCGGUGAUCAUUUCCGCCUGGCGGGGGAUUCUGGAGCAUUCAUCGACCCAUUCUUCUCCUCUGGGGUGCAUCUGGCCUUCACAGGAGGACUUUCGGCUGCCCUCACGAUAGCUGCGUCCAUUCGAGGGCUUUGCAGCGAAGAUGAUGCCCAACGCUGGCACACAUCAAAGAUUGCCAUCUCUUACACGAGGUUUCUUAUUGUCGUCCUUGGGACCUACAAACAGAUCCGCAAUCAGUCCAUGCCAGUCAUGAGCGAUGUGGACGAGGACAAUUUUGACAGAGCAUUUGAUCUCAUCAGGCCAGUAAUACAAGGAACGGCUGAUGUCGGUAAGGCGUUAACAGAAGACGAACUCCAGAAAACCAUGGACUUUUGUCGUCAUCUGUUUGCACCCACUGACCCCGAGAUGCAUUCUGCAGUUAAAGCUAGGCAGGGGGGGUUGGAUCCUACUCUAACAUCCCCAGACGGACCCGUCAUGACAGAAUGCGAAGUCGAUCGCUUGCUCGGAGACGCUGAUGAGGAAGCCAAGACUGUUUUGAAGGAGAUCAAUGCGCGAAAGCCCAUCCAUACGAUGUACAACCCAACGGAGAAUUUCGGUGUUGAGAAACACUUUGGUUUCAAGGCUGUCUUGGAACGAGGGAAAUUAGGUUUGGUGACUGCCGCAGAUAUGGACUGAUCUCAUCAGAAACAUUUACUGGACAAUAUAUAGUUAGACUGUAUGUACCGCAAAUAAUACAGUUUAGAUAUAUCAAUACAACAGCACAAGCGAUCCACUUCAGGCGGCAGCGCACAGUGGGUGCAAGCUACUGCAUGCAGACUGAGUGAUGUUCCGGCCCGGCUUGGGCUCAAAGCCCCGGCUUAGGCUUACCAGAUUCCAAGCUUAGGCCGUGAGCCCAAGCCAGCCCAAAGCCGUGGCUUGAGCAGGACCAGGCCGUGGCCGGUGCACGCAUACGCAUUUUGCCUCCGCUGAUAGUCCACUCGUCGAAGCCGGGAGGGGCGUCUAUGGUAGUUGAAUGUGUAUUCCCGACGAAUAGCUCGUCGAUGACGUUCACAGAGCGAGAAUCAAGAAGAUUGUCGAACUCGAAAGAUUUGGGGGUAACAACGGCGAGCGCUGUGCUCGUGUGCACGACGUGACCAAGGCGUUUUAGAGUCGGGACA